GGUUUCUUUUCAAGCCUGAGGUAAAAUCUGCAAUUUUCAAAUCUUGGAAUGGUAGAGUCUCCUGCUCAAGGACAACAGUUUCUGUCAAGGAAGAGAACAGAGAAGCUAAAAGAUCGGAAUGGCAUUUUUCAGAGAUCAGGAGCUGAAAAGGGUCAGGUAGCUUCGGACUACUUCCAGGAUCUGUUCAAGUCCUCCAAUCUUGGUAGUUUCCAGGAGUGGUUUCAAGGGUUUAUACCUAAAGUGUCUAAUGAGAUGAAUAGUGGGUUGACGGCUACUGUGACUACAGAAGAAAUCAAGGAGGCAGUCUUUUCUAUAAAAGCUGAUAGUGCUUUUGAGUUUGAUCUCUUCACAUGAUUCUUAUAGAGGACAGUUCCGUUUUGACAAGAGGUUUCUUUUCAAGCCUAAGGUAAAAUCAGCAAUUUUCAAAUCUUGGAAUGCUAGAGUCUCCUGCUCAAGGACAACGGUUUCUGUUAGAUUGAAAACAUCUGAGUUCAUGGAAGAGGAAAAAUAAUAUGAAUGCUUAGGA